AUGACAGGCACUGAGACUUCGAAUGCAGGAGGAGGUUUUGACCUGUUACGAAGAGCAACUCAAGCAAUGAUGUCUAGGACGAGCGGCGGCGGUGGCGAUAGGACGAUUGCAGCAUCUCAACUUCAGCGAAGCCAAGUCAAAGUCCUCUUCCGGCUAGAGCUGUCCAGUCCCUGGUCUACCAACGACACCGCCUACUGA